AUGGAAGCUAGAGAUGGUGUUCAGUGUACUCUGUGUUUGAAGCAAUACGACUUUCCGUGUGCUGGAAUAACCGAGAUUGGUUUUCGAAAACUUGGCGAUAGGAAAGCAACGUGUCCAGUUCCUGGUCGUUCCAAUUUUUGCACUCCAAGUGAUCUCGACGGUAUUCGUGGUGAGUUACGUGGACUCUCUGAACAAAUGUCAUCAUUGCCUAAGUUACUAGAUUCGGUAAAAAAUAUUCAGGCUGAUUUGGCCUAUCUUAAAACUAUUAAAUGUGAGUUGUCGGUUGUGAAAGAUUUGCUGGACUACGUUCACGCUUCGGUUGACACGCUUAUAACUAGAAUAGCCGAGGUAGAUUGUGAAAUUCAAACACUUCAGAAGAACAAAGAAGAUGUAACCCGCCUAGAACAGCGGUUGCAAAAAUUGGAAGCUGUCUUCAAUGAUGGGGAGCAGCGGUCACGAUUGAACAAUAUCGAAAUCAAAGGAGUUCCUAUAACUGACACGGAAAAUCUAUUUACCAUUUUAUCUAAAAUAGCAACCAAAAUUGACUUCAAUAUUAGCGAUAACAACAUUAAUUACAUUGCUAGAGUUCCUUCCCGCAACGAUAAAAACAAUAAAAGCAUAAUCGUAUCUUUGCACAAUCGAUACCUCAGAGACAACUUUGUCGCAGCAGCGAGAAAAUGUAAAUCCCUUACGCCGUUGGAUAUAGGUCUUAACGGUACUAAUAGAAUUUUUAUCAACGACCAUUUAACGGUUAAAAACAAAUUGUUAUUAAACAAAACAAAGGCUUUGGCUAAGGAGCGGGAUUUUUCGUACGUUUGGGUGAAGAACUGCAAAAUCCUUGUACGGAAAAACACAUCACCUGUUCAUAUAAUAAAAACGGAGUUGGAUUUAAGAAAAAUUGUUUAG